GCUAAUUAUAGAAUGAGUCUGAAAAUAGAGGCAUCCCGGGAUAGGAUCGGGAGUACUACUAGUAGCUCCAGUAGUCCCAGGCUGAGUAAACUUAAUGUAUCAAAGAUGGGAUACAGGGUGGUUCUGAUUGGUCCUAGAAACGUUGGAAAAACAUCAAUAGUAUCCCAGUUCCUUUACGACCAGUUCUCGGAUAAAUACGAAGAAACAGUUGAGGAAAUGUACAGAGGAGAGUUUGAUCUGGAUGGGGAGGAGUUUGCUAUAAAUAUACAGGAUACAGGGGGUUCAUAUAUACAAGAUUUCCCUGCCAUGAUGGAAGUAUCGUUGGCUGCAGCUGAUGCUGUUAUACUGGUCUUUUCCCUGAACGAUCCUGAAACGUUCCAAGAUGCAAAAAGGCUAUGGGUUAAUACCUUACAGAUAAAAUCUGGUGGUUUAGCUGUACUAGUGGUUGGGAACAAACUUGAUCUGGGUUCACAGCUAACUGAGGAGGAUCAAUGUUCUAUACAGACAGAUUGGGGGUGUACUUUUCUAG